CGGAAGCGGAAGUGCACAAGAGGUCACCGUUGGUUUUUAAGAUGGCGGCCGUCAAUGUGCUGGUGGACACCUGCGGACGGCUGUUCCGGCGGCUCCUGGCUGGCCCGAGGGCGACCAGUUGGGCUCGGCCUCCAGCUCGGGGGUUCAGAGAAGUGGUGGAGAUCCAAGAAGGGAAGACGACUAUAAUCGAAGGACGUUUAACAGGAACUCCCAAGGAAAGUCCAAAUCCCCCUAACCCAUCUGGCCAGUGCCCCAUCUGCCGGUGGAACCUGAAGCACAAGUAUAGCUAUGAGGAUGUUCUGCUGCUCUGUCAGUUCAUCCGGCCUCGUGGAGGCAUGCUGCCUCGAAGGAUCACAGGCCUAUGCCAGGAAGAGCACCGCAAGAUUGAGGAGUGUGUGAAGAUGGCGCACCGAGCAGGACUCUUCCCAAAUCACAGGCCUCAGCUUCCUGAAGGAUUUGUUCCAAAGAGCAAACCCCAACUCAAUCGGUACCUGACCCGCUGGUCUCCCCGUUCAGUCAAGCCCAUCUAUAAUAAAGGCCACCGCUGGAACAAAGUACGCAUGGCUGUGGGGUCGCCCCUCCUGAAAGACAACAUCUCCUACUCAAGAAGGCCUCUGAUACUGUAUCACUGACUGGGGCAGGGCUCCCCAUCCCACCAGGGUGUCCCAGCUCCUCGGGAAGGCACAGCAGACAGUGGGCUGACCCUCAGUGGCCUUGUGACUGCCUUGGGCCAUGCUCAGUGCUGAGGGAUAGGAGUUGUCUGCAAAGGAAUUUCAUAAACCAAGCUCAUGGACUCUGC